AAAAUCGAGUCAACAGUAACACAAACGGUGGUGGCUAUUAUAAUUUUCUUCGAAAAUUUAAAAUAUACGGUAACUAAUAAUUAACAAGUGCAAUCACACAACAUUUUUCAUAUGGCACAUCUUGACAUGUCAUCUACUUUAAGUUUGAACCAACGACUAAGAUUUCAUUAAAAGACUAGCUGACAAGUUCUGGGAAUUCCCCUGGUACGGUACGGGUGCAGUAUACUUGACGUCCAGUAGGAACCAGUCAGUUAUUUUCACUCGGCAUUUUUUUGGACAUGCACAGCAGCUCGAUUCAGCCAAUGGCUGCUUCAAUGCAACAUAGGCCAGAGAGGGAGUUAGACUUGAAAGUCAAAAGAGCCUCCGUUGGAGUUAAUGAAACUGUACACAUGAUUGCAAACGAACCUUCACUUGGACUGUACCGCAUACAACAACAUGUAAAAAAGACUCUUCCAAGGGUAGUUAAUGCCAGCAAUGACAUGAAGAAAACAAAUGACCAAAUCAAGGGGCUUGUGUAUGAUGCUAAUUAUGCAACAGAUGCUAUCGAUAGCAUAUUUAACAGCAGUGAAGCAUUUUCAAAUAUUGAAAAACUUUUACGAGAGUCUACUUCGAAUGCUGCAAUUGUGAAAAUGAAAAAGUCAACUUCAGCUCAUGUACUGUGAUGUAUUACGACCAACUUUUCUUUUAUGUUGUACUUUCAAAAUAUGUAGUGGAGGUUUUUCUAGCAUAUGAAUUGUUGGGUCUCACAAUUUCUCUAUUUUUAAGAUGAGAAAGGACACCUUGAGGGUCUUUUUUAAUUAAAAUUUGCUUCUCUCGCCUCUAAAAUGUCAA